AUGGGUAAAUCACUGAGUGAUUUUGGAAUUCACGAGGUCUUUCAGCAGGCUAACUUAGAAAUUCAACGAACAAAGGACAUUAUUGAUGCUCUAGAUGCACCUAUUCCUGAAGAGUGUAUAGAUUGCAUACAACGCUUAAAUCCAGCUCAAAAGGAAGCAUUUACAUGCAUUAUGCAGCAUGUAAAUGAUAAGCAACCAGGUGCUUUUUUCAUAGACGGUCCUGGAGGCACGGGCAAAACUUUCCUCUAUAAUGCAUUGUAUGCUGAAAUUCGCCUUGUGAAUAAGAUAGUGUUGCCAACAGCUACAUCUGAUAUAGCUGCUGCAAACAUUCCUUUUGGUCGUACAACACAUUCGAGAUUUAAGAUUCCUCUAGAUUCUAAUGCAUCGUUGGCGUGUGCUGUUCCAAAACAGGGUAACCUUGCUGCGCUUCUCCGAGAGACGACCUUCAUAAUAUGGGAUGAAGCUUCUAUGGCUCAUAAAGAGAAUAUGGAAUCCUUAGAUAUGUUGCUGCAAGAUUUGUGUGAGAAUGAUUCCUUGUUCGGUGGUAAGGUGGUGGUGUUUGUGGGAGAUUUCCGUCAAGUAUUGCCAAUUGUUCCACGUAAGACACAACAAGAAGCUGUUAAGGAUAGCGUGGUGACUUCGUAUUUGUGGCCUAAGCUGAAAACGUUUAAGCUCACAGAAAACAUAAGAGCUCGAUAUGAUCCAUUAUAUUCUGCAUUUUUAUUGUCCUUAGGAAAUGGUGAAUUGCAGCAAGCAGAGAAUGGAUAUGUUCCACUUUCCAUGGAAAUUGUCCAGCCUCUUGCAAUGGAUAAAGAUCCUGUGGAGGAAAUCAUGGCAGCAACAUUCCCUGAAUUUAAGGGUGGUGGGUUUGGAAGUGAUAUUUUUACUAAAAGGGCUUUACUUACACCAAUGAAUGAUGAUUACAGUGUUUAUCCAAAAGAAUUCAUAAAUAAGUUGUGUCCUUGGGGAAUGAGUCCUCAUGAACUUGUGUUGAAGAAAGAUUAUCCUGUGAUUUUGCUGCGGAAUAUACUUCCUUCUGCUGGCCUAUGGCCGUGUUUCUCCCAUGGUCAGCUGUAUGUUGCUCUCUCUCGAGCAAAGAAGUCUACCAAAAUAGUUGUCUACACUGCAGUUCCUCCUGAACAAUACACCGUCAAUUUCACUAAGAACAUUGUAUCGUAUGAUGUUUUGCAAUUAGCUGCUCCCGACAAUGAUACUAAGGGUGUUGUAACCACUCCAUCAAUGAAAGAUGCAAACAAGGAUAACUCACCUCCAGCAUCUCUUAAUCAGGAAUGA